AUGGAUUCUCUUAAACUUUUGAGACUGUAAGUGACAGACAUCACGUUUAAGUGCGUGGACUAAAUGCAGUUCCCUGAAAUGUGAAGACCCCACGGAGCAAAUCUUGACCGUUGGAUGCAAGUUGCCCCCUUUUCAGGAAUGGUAACGAAGGUAGAAGGGUUUCCAUGUGGUUUGUAGCCUCUCUCUCAUAUCUCUGCUGUGGCUUAUCGCCGUCCAUGGUGGCACUGAAGUGGAUUUUGCUACCAGAAUUUUUGCCUCUGAAUGCUUCUGAAAGAAGAUCUUUUCGAUUCAGAUCACAUGAUUUAGUCUCUUCAUGGGAUCCAAUUUCAGAGAUUUGGCCAGUCCUCUUUCAGAAGUUCAUCACACAGCCAAAAAGGGGAAGUCUGAAUCUUCCUGUUCAAAUAAGAUGACAAAUUAUUCUUCUGAUCUAUCCUCCUUCAUGCCUGAACAUGAGCUGGUGGAGCUGUUGUGGGAGAAUGGCCAAAUAGUGAUGCAGGGACAAUCUAAUCGAACAAAGAAGAGUUCCCUCGGCACCGAGUUUGCCUUCGAUGGAAGACUUGAGGAGAAAUUUGGGCAGAAUGGUGGAAUAGAUUCUGCAGCACAUGACUUGCCUUCCGCAGUCCCUUCUUCUAUGAAUGAUCAAGAAGAAGACGCAGCUCCAUGGUUGAAUUAUGCAAUAGAUGAUUCUAUUCAAAAUGACUACUGCUCAGAGUUUUUCUCUGACCUUACAGGCGUUCAUAUGCCAUCUUUGUCAGAUACAAAUAACAAAGAUUCACAAAUUUUUAGAUCCUCUCCCGGUGCUUCAGACCCAUGCAGAAGUAGGUUUAACAGUUCGGUAAAUAUGUCGCAGCAGUGCCACAAUUUAUCAGAGAAUAUAAAGCCAAGAGUUCAGGAUGUGGAUAUUAAUGGCGGCAACAGUAACCGGUUUGGUGAUCUAAAUAGUACAAGAUUUCAGAAACAAGAUGCUUGUGUUCAGAGGGCGUUGGGUCAAAGCAACAGUGCAGGUUUGAUGAACUUUCCACAUUUCUCCAGGGCUGCUGCUCUUGUUAAAGCCAAUGUUAACGGUAUUGACAGGUUGAAGAGUCAUGAGAAAUCAUGUACUGUUUCGAGCACUUGUACUGUUGAUUCCACCGUAGUUGAGUCCAGAAAUGGCUCAGAGAGUCUUAAUCGGGCAAAGGUUGACGAUACAGAGCCAGUUCAAAAUAGCACUGUGGUUGACAGAAUGGGCUCUUCACCUAAUGGCCAAGCAUCAAACAUGGCCGCUGAAAGAAAGGAAUUUGAGAAGGGAACUGAAACACUUGUUGCUUCUUCUUCAGUUUGUUCAGGCUAUGACGCUGUAGCAACUUCAAAUGAUCCAAAGCACAAGUCAAAAAAACGAGCCAGGAAAGGAGAAGAAUCAGGGGAAGAGAGUGAUAAUACGGAGGAAGAAUUAGUUGCUGUGAAGAAACCUUCUUCAGGCCGAGUUAGUAGUGGUAAGAGAAGCCGUGCUGCUGAAGUUCAUAACUUAUCAGAAAGAAGGAGAAGAGACAGGAUCAAUGAGAAAAUGAAAGCUCUGCAGGAACUAAUUCCAAAUUGCACCAAAGUUGACAAAGCGUCCUUGCUUGAUGAGGCUAUUGAGUAUCUUAAAACACUUCAGCUUCAAGUGCAGCUGAUGUCUAUGGGAAAUGGGCUAUUCAUGACUCCUAUGAUGUUCCCAGCAGGGAUGAAUUUGCAGCACUUGAGAGUGCCACCAAUCUCACAUCUCUCACCACUUGGCGUGGGGAUGGGGAUGGGGAUGGGGAUGGGGAUGAUUGGCAUGAACGGAUCACCGGGUCUCAUUCCAGUUCCUCCAUUAAUGCCUGUUACACAAUUCUCAGGUCCUUCUGUUCCAGGUGUGGCAAGGUUCCAUGGAAUCCCACCUUCUUCCAAUAUUCAUUCACUUGGAAUCCCAAGGCAAAGUCUUCCAGUUCUAUUUCCUCGUGCUUCCUUGUUCAAUCCUCAGGCUGGCUUUUCUCCUCAGAAUCCAUUGAAAGUAUCAGAUAAAGAUCCCUCUAGCUCAAACAAUCAACAGCAACAGUGCAUAAACUUGGAAGAUAUAGAGAAUGCAGCGACUAAGGAGCCAAAAGGCCAAGUUUUGCAGGCAGUGUGUCCACCGGUGCUAAAGGAAAGUAAAGAAUUGAAUGGUAGAAGGAAUGAGACUGUUAGACCAGAUGCUAGUGGGAGUAAAGCUACAGAAACCACAGGAGCUGCAUGAUUGGCGAGUAAAUUGUGGUUGCAGAAGCCAUCAACCAAACAGAAGCUGCAGAAGACUGCAGCAUCAGUAAACCUUCCCCCCCACAACAUCUACUUGGCUAGCAGAGCUUCAAAAAAUCAAAAAUUUUUGGAAUAAUCAUAUUUCACUGUUUGUAAUUUUUUUUUUUUUAAUUAUUGUCAAUUUUGCUAGGUUUGAAGGAUUUAUGUUUAAAUCAUGAAUCCUUAAUGGGGUGAAAUUUGUAGUGUAACAUAAACAAAGUUUGACCAACCAUCUGACAAUUUUAUCAUCUCCAUGUAACAAUGUUU